CGUGCGUUCCUGUAUAUUUUUUCGUGUAAUCGCAUUCAACGCAUUCAUCGCUAUUUUUCUAUGUGACAUUCUUAAUUCGACGGCUUUGAUGCUGAUAUUGAAGGUAUUUUUAUAAAAAUGGCAGAUCAGCAACAUUCACCAUCAGAGUAUAAACGAAUGUCAUUAGAUAAAAUUAUCGAAGCCAUGACUGCAGAUUUAGAAAAUUCUGCUGGACAUUAUGUUCAAUUUGGAGUUUCAAAUCAACAAACUCAAUCUAAUAAUUGGGCUGAGUAUAGUCCUAGUCAAGUACAACAUUACAUGGCCAAUACAGCUAUGCAUUCUAAUUCAUCGAAUAUUCAACCUAUAAAUCCAAUAACAUCACCACUUUACAUGCAAGAUGUACCACAAUAUGAGCCUUCGACAACCACAGAUCAUAUUUAUUUUCCACCACAAACAGUAAAUCACUUGGGUAUAAAUGAAAAUAAUGAUUUAAUUGGAACAAUAGAUGUUGGUGGUGGUAAUUUUAUUAAUGUUAUAUAUGGAAAUGCUUCUCAAAUAAUGAGUGAACAAUGCCAACUUGGUAAUAUAACAUCUUAUAAUAAUAAUCAAAGUAUAAUAGAUCAAGAAUAUGGACUUUUUAAUAAUCAACAAUUACAGGUUCCACAUUCCUCUACUUCACAAACUCAAAAUUCUAAUGGAAAACAGUUGAUAGAUAAUCUUGUAGGCAAUUGGUUGCCAAAUCAGUCAGGAACAUACAGCCCCUUUGGUGGAUAUCCCAAUGUUACUUCUAUACCAUCUGAAAUAAAAGAAGUAGAAGAGAUACCUAAAAAAAAACCAAGAAUGGUAGCCGAAGUUAAACCUAUGCGACCAUCAUACUCUGAUGUUUUAACAAAAUCAGUUCCAACUCCUCCAUCUCCUUUAAUAACUGCUUUGUCUAAACCAAAGCAAGAAAAUACAACAAAAAAAAUUAUAAAUAAAAACUCAAAAAAUAAAGCGAAACCCAUAGUUUUAAAAAGACAAAACUCAUCUGGUAGUGAUGAACAUGGUUCUCCAAAAAUUCAAUUGCCGAAAAAAGUGUCAGAGAAACUUAAUGCUAAUUUAUCUAGACGUUGGGUAUCAUUAGACAAUCUUGGUUCACCAACAGAAUCUCCAGACAUAAUAUUUGAUAGAUCUGAUAAUUUUGAUAAAAAAAAAAGCUUUAAAACCUCUAAAAAGAAUGAUAAAACAGAAUCAUUGAAUAAUUCAAAGUUUCAAAAUAAUAGUACUAAAACUGUAACUAACUUACAAAAACGUCCAAUUCAGAUAAAUAAUAAUUUAAAUAUAACUAGUAAUUUCAAUCAAACUGUCUAUACCGAUAAAAUUGAAAAAAAUCAACAAGUAAAUAAAGUUAAAGAGGAUAAAAAAUUAAUAAAAGAAAAGGGCGUAAAGCAUUUUCAAACUGAAAAAUCACAACAAAUUAAAAAAUGUCAAAGAAAUCGUAAAAGGGAAAUUAAAGAUACUACUUUUAAAGACGUGUAUAAAACUGUUCAUAAAUAUUUCAAUCGUUGGAGUAAAGUAGGAUUAAAAAUAUUUCUUUGGUUUUUACAUUUAAUUUCAGAUAUUAUUAGCAUGAGUACAAAUCUUGUAAUUCAACUUGGAAAAUGUGUAUGGUAUCAUAUUAUUCUUUACUUAAAGUACACUUGGCUAUAUACAGUAUCAACAUUUUCAAAAAUUCGUUUUUUUAAUAUUAUUGGCAAACAAAUUGAUAUUUGGUUUGGAAAUAGUCGGUUUGCCUUUUGGCGAACACUGAAAUCAAAUAAUGAAGAAAAAGAAGAUGGUGCAACUUGGAUAAGAGAAGGAUUAGAAACUAAUAUAUCUUUACCUAGUACUGGAGAAGAAGCAAUGAAAAGAUUACUAGCCUGCAAAGGAAAAGAUCCUUAUAGUAUAUUAGGAGUAACACCAACAUGUACUGAUGAUGACAUAAAAAAGUAUUACAAAAGGCAAGCAUUUUUGGUUCAUCCUGAUAAAAAUAAUCAACUUGGUGCAGAAGAAGCUUUUAAAAUUUUAGUUCAUGCAUUUGACAUUAUAGGCGAACCAGAACGAAGACAAGCUUUUGAUCAAACGAGACAAGUUGAAGCUGCUUGGGGUGACUUGAGUGACUUGCUUUCUCAAUUACAAAGAAAAAUGGAACAAGCUGCUAAUACAAUACGAUGUACAAAUUGUGGAAUGAGGCAUAAACGAAUUCCUACUCAACGACCAUGUUUUGCAGCACGGUUUUGUGCUCAAUGUAAAAUACGGCAUAGCGCUAAAGAAGGUGAUAUUUGGGCAGAAUCUCGAGUUAUGGGGUUUCUUUGGCAUUAUUAUGCUUGUAUGGAAGGAGCUGUGUAUGAUGUAACAGACUGGGCUGCUUGUCAAGCUGGUAACUUAAAACACCUAAAAGCUAACACUCAUACUGUCCAGUAUAGGAUUGUUUUGGGUCAGCGGCCACCACCACAUACCUCUAGUAACAGUAAAAAGAAACAAUCGGAUUCCAAUACUAGUGGUAAAGCAGAAUUUGAAGACUUCUUAAAUAAUUUAUAUAAUCACAGUAAAACUGGUACAUCGAAUACAAGUGAAUCUAAUGCAAUGAGAGGUGAUAAUCGACGACGUAAAACCAAGCGUAAGAAGUAAACAAAGGUGAUUCAAUCAUUUUUCAAUGGAUACUUAUGUCAUUAUGUUAUUUAAUGCAUAUGUCUAACAAUUGAAAUCUCACUUUUCUAAACAAUUACUAAAUUAAAUAUUAUUUUUGCUUGUUCUUGACUAAAGAUACUACAAAUAAAUGUAUAGACAUUUAUAAUAUUUUAUUGUUAAAUUAUUAUGGAUGUAAACAAUUAUUUUCUUUGAUAUAAUGUAUGAUGUAUAAUUGCCUGCGAUAAUGUAAAAAAUUUAAAAGGUGAAUUUCUGUAAUUGAAAAGAAGUUUGCUAUUAUAAAUAUUAUAUUUUUAUUGGUUUUUUCAUA